AUGGCAUCAACGACGGAAGAGACUCCCCCACAGUGGACAUACCCUACCCGGCAAUGCCGGCUAUGUUUCGAGGAAUGUGAGGCAACAGUCGAGCUUCCGCCGCCGGGAUCAGCUUCCAAUAAUGCUCGAAUCAAAUACUACUCGGCAGACGAUCCGUCGCUUGGACAGUUAAUAUCUCCUUGCAAAUGCACAGGAAGUGCACGCUACAUCCAUGAAGGAUGCCUUGAAGCAUGGCGAAAGAACGCUGCACAGAGGAAGCAUUUCUGGGAAUGCAAUAUAUGUCAUUACCGAUACCAGUUCAGUCGCUUGGGAUGGGCAAGGCUGCUGGAGAAUCCUGCUGCACACUUUGCUAUUACAGCAACAGUAGCUUUAGUGCUGGUUUUUAUCUUCGGCUAUAUUGCCGAUCCGAUUAUCAAUCUUUACAUCGAUCCAUAUAGUGCUACGUCAACAAGUCGACUGUGGACACCGAUCAAGGUCAGUGAUGUUGGAGAGGAGAGUUCAUGGCUGCAGCACUUCUACAAGGGUCUGGCAUCAUUGGGCGUAUUGUCUUUUGCAAGAGUAAUCUUCAUGGCCAAUCCAUGGCAUUGGUACAAUCUCCGGAAUUCUGGUCUUGCACACGGCACCACCAGACCUGGGGCAACCGGUCAAGAACGAGUCGCUAAUAUUAGCUGGGUUGUUCUCGUUAUUGGAGUGAUGACCUUUCUUUACACGGUGUUCAAGGCAAUGAACUCCCUAACGAGAUGGUUCCUUGAGAAGGCAGCAUUUCAUAUCAAGGAGGUGCCCCAUGACGACGAUGACGAUAUCAAGCCACCAAUACCUCAGACCAAGCCAACUACCGUUAACUCUGGGACAGGGACGUUGCCUGAUGAAUCCGAGGACAGUGUCGCUAUGGAGGAUGCACACCAACAUCGACCGCCAAAUGAGGACAGGUCAGCAGCGACAUCAACUUCAGCCAGCACUCUCCCUGCGAAGACCACUGCUACCUACCGUGCUGCAUCAGCUAUUCCUGGUGCUUUUCACCCUCCGGGGUGGUCUUUCGCCAAUCUAGAUGAAUGA